AUGCAGCAAACUAUUCCUGAACAGUACAAGUACAAACUUCCAUAUGCUCUUGAUGACCCCUGUGAAGAACUGGACUGCGCUGAGGACGAGUGGUGUGGCCAGAAAGAUGGAGUCUACGGCUGCUUCUGCAAUGAGGAUCACUCGAAGCCUCAUGCUGAGUCCUUUGACUCAGUGGAGUACUGUUCCAGCAGCACAGGCACCAUGUCUCUGUCUCGCUGCCAGCUGUUUGAAGCAGGCUUCUCGGCUGACUCCCUCCACCUCAACGACCCCAGCUGCAACGGCACACUCCAAGAUGGCAGAGUGGAGUUCCUCUUCGACAAUGAGAAUCACACUUGUGGAACCACUCUGAGGAGCAACAUGACCCACUUCAUCUAUGAGAACUUAAUCCAGGGGGAGGCCAACUCAGCCGGUGGCCCCAUCAGCAGAGAGAGACGGAUACAACUGCUCUUCUGCUGUGUCUACCCCCUCACUCAGGCACUCUCCAUGAACAUGGACAUCAACCCCCUGGAGAGCGUUGUGUCUAAGAAGUUACCAGGAGGUCAAGGAACCUACCGUGUCCGAAUGAUUCCCUAUGAAGAUGCAGGAUUCUCCCAUGCGUUCUCUGGGAGGGUGACUGUGGCGGUGAACCAGCGGAUGUACGUGGCUGUCCGCCUGGACGGAGUGGACAGCCGCCAGAUCGCCAUGGUGAUGGACUCCUGCUGGGCCACUCCUGUCAAUCAGGCAGACUACCACAUCCGUUGGGACCUCAUCAGAAACGAGUGCCCCAACCCCAAUGACAACACAGUGGAGAUGCUUCAGAAUGGCGUCAGCACAUCAGGUCGUUUCUCCUUCAGGAUGUUCACCUUCACUGCAAACACCUCCAAGGUUUACCUGCACUGCAGCAUUCACCUGUGCUUGGUUGCGAGCAACGACUGCACAGCCGUAAGUUCACCACAUCUAGAGCACACCAGGAGGGAAUCUGACUAGCAGAGUAAUGUCAAAGUUUGGCUAUAAU